AACCGCCAUCUCGGAUACUGUGAGUCGAACUUCUCCCUUUGCCGUCUAUUGUCGUCGUCACAACCAAAAAGAGAGGAGGGACGCACCUGUAUAUGCGUAAAUCAAGGAGAUUGGGGAUCAACGCGGACACAAUCGUGCGAAGAGGGAGGAAAUUCUCGUGGCGAAGAAGAAGGGGCAACGAAGGAGAAAAUUAGAGAAAACUACGAAUUCAUUUGACUUCACUUGGGGCGAGAGACAAAUUGUGGUGGACGCUUUCUCCAAAUCGACCUUUCCGUAGCUGCGAUCGAAAAGAUGCCUAACAUAAAACUGCAGAGCUCCGAUGGUGAGGUGUUCGAGGUCGAUGUCGAGAUAGCUAAAUGUUCAGUCACCAUUAAGACUAUGUUGGAAGAUCUCGGCAUGGAUGAAGAUGAGGAAGAAGUUGUGCCAUUGCCAAAUGUUAAUUCUGCGAUCUUGAGGAAGGUUAUACAAUGGGCAACUUAUCACAAAGAUGAUCCACCACCUCCAGAAGAUGAUGAGAAUAAGGAGAAGCGCACUGAUGAUAUCAGCUCUUGGGAUGCUGAUUUCCUGAAGGUUGAUCAAGGAACUCUCUUUGAACUGAUCCUGGCAGCUAAUUAUCUCGAUAUCAAAGGACUUCUAGAUGUUACAUGCAAAACUGUCGCUAAUAUGAUCAAAGGCAAGACGCCUGAAGAAAUUCGUAAGACAUUCAACAUCAAGAAUGAUUUCACGGCUUCCGAAGAGGAGCAAGUGCGCAAGGAGAAUGAAUGGUGUGAAGAAAAAUAGAUGGAAACGCAAUCUCUUAUGACCAUGGAAAUGUUACUUGAAUGUUGAAUGACCUAUUUAACUCAUUUGUGUUCUUAGAUCUCGAAUUUUACCGGCGUCUCGUUAAUUUAAUCAAUUUCUCUCCAAUGGUGAAUUCCUUUUUUUUUUGAGGAGAGAUAAAAAUUAUAAUUGUGGUCAAAAUCAAAUAACAGUAUCCUAAUUUGUACCUUCUAUUAUGUAGGUUCAUUGUUAUUUAUUUCAACUAAAUAAAGAUAGAUAAAUAAUUGUAAAAUA